AUGGCAGAUUCGAGAGUUGGUAGUUCAGGUAUUUUCGAUACCCUAUUCAGAGCCGGAUAUGCCCUGAUUUCACUAACAACUCGUACCAUUUUUCGGUUUGGCCUCACGACGGCUUUGAUUGUAACCGUUGUAAUUACCCUACAUGCUGCAGGUCAAUUUAGCAAACGAGCUUUAUCGCAAAGGCAAGAUGUUUUGGAUAUAAUUUAUUGGCGUGAUCCAAAAAAAUCUGGUGCAAUACUUGGAAUUAUUCUCCUUGCGUUGCUGGUGUUCUCCAAGUUCCCGUUGAUUGCAGUCCUUAGUUACGUUGGACUAUCAGUCCUUGGUGGUACACUCGGUUUUCGCAUUUAUAAGUUGAUUGAAGCACAGAUUAAAAAAACGGAUGGCGCGAAUCCAUAUCAGGCAUAUUUGGAGAACCAACAAUUGCAUUUACCUAAAGAAAAAGUGCAUCACCAAGUUGAUGCACUUAUCGAAUAUGUGCAGUUUAUCGGUGACAAGCUGAGGCGGUUAUUUUUGGUGGAAAAUAUUGUGGAAAGUGUUAAGUUCGGUCUUUUACUUUGGGCGCUUACAUACGUCAGCUGCUGGUUCUCUGGUCUCUCUCUAUUAAUAAUUGCUGUAUUAGCUGUAUUCACAAUCCCAAAAGUGUAUGAGGUUUACCAGGGACCUAUUGAUCGUAAUGUUUCCAUAGCGAAGCAACAUGUUGACAACAUAAACAAGAUAAUUGAUGAAAAAGUACCAUUCCUGAAGAAAUCAGCGGCCGCUGCUAGUGAUAUCAAUCAUGAAAAGACAUACUAA